AUGUGCGCCAUCUCCUUUCCUGACUUUCCGCAGUCAUCUUCCCGAAUGUCGGAUGUUCGUCGUCACCGUGGUCGGGGCAAGCGCCAGACAAUUGCCGAUAUCCCAUGUACAUUUUCGGGCUGUGGGCGAAGGUUCCGCUCAACAGGUGCCCUAACCAACCAUACCCGCACCGAGCACCGUAAUCCGACACUUGUUGGCGGAGCAAAAAUCCAGCGGGCCUCGUCUCUAGCUCCUAUGCUUGAGUCAGGUGCCGACUCCCCCCCUACGAAUGCAGAAUCCGAACCUCUUCGUCCGCUUUCUCCAGAAUCUGAGGAGCGUGCUUCAGAAUCUCGGGACAUUGAUGUUGGCUCUGCGGACAUACCAUCCCUUUCUCUCUGGUUUGUCCCCUCCCUUGUGGUUUCCAAUUCUGAAACUGACCAUAGUCCAGGACGACCAUGCGAUGAGGACGGCAACGACCUUCCCGAUGGUGCCAAGCCUGCCCCCCGUCGACCGCCCUCCCCUACUAAUUGGAACCCAUAUGACGAUGAGGUCCAAUUCCGUGUUGCGGACUUUGUGUUUCGAAGAGACCAGAUGUCCAAGGGGAAUAUCCAAGAGAUGCUCCAGAUCUGGGCAUUGGACAACCUGAAGCAUGAUGACAUUGCACCGUUUGCCAAUGCUGACCACCUAUACGAAACAAUCGACGCCACGGAGCUUGGGGAUGCACCAUGGAAGUGUCUUGUGACGCAGCCGUUAGCUGACGGUGCUGAUGCGCCAGAAUGGGCUCGAAAGUCUUACGAAGUCUGGUACCGCGACCCUGACGUUGUGGUCAAAAACAUGCUCGAUAACCCGGAUUUUGUCGGUCUAUUUGACCCUGCGCCAUAUGUCGAAGUCGACGCAAACGACCAACGACGCUGGUCUGACUUCAUGUCAGCAAACUUCGCUUGGUCUCAUGCUAGUCAAAUCUUUCACAACGACCCUACAACGGAGGGUGCGAUGAUCUGCCCCUUGUUCUUCGGCGCAGACAAGACAACGGUCUCUGUUGGGACUGGGGAUGUCUCGUACCACCCAGGGUAUACGUCAAUCGGAAAUUUUCAUAGCAGUUUGCGUCGUGCUCACCGAGGGGCCGUCAUUCCCUUCAUAUUUCUCGCCAUACCCAAAAGUAUGUUGGAUCGAGCCAUUCAUCAAGAGAUAUUGACACGUAUAGGCGAGCGAAAGUAUGACAAUGACCCAGCAUUCCGCACUUUCAAGCGACAGCUAUACCAUGCGUCUUGGGCAGCUGUCCUUGCCUCUCUCCGACCAGGGAUGACGGUGCCUGUUGUAAGACGCUGCCCCGAUGGCCAUUUUCGCCGCGUCAUCUACGAUUUUGGUCCAUUUAUUGCGGAUUAUCCAGAACAAGUGCAGCUUGCCGGAAUCGUCCAGGGAUGGUGUCCCAAAUGUACAGCACUCGCUCAUGACCUUGAUGGUCCAAUUGGCACGACAAGAAGCCAAGCGCUCACCGAACAGCAUAUACAAGCCUUCGACGGUGAUCCGAAAACACUUUGGGAGAACUACGGGAUUAAUACCGACGUUAUUCCAUUUACUCAUGACUUCCCUCGGGCUGAUAUUCAUGAAAUGCUGUCGCCCGACCUCCUCCACCAGCUUAUAAAGGGGACAUUUAAAGAUCAUCUCGUUGACUGGGUGUAUAUUCCUGCAAUUCAAGGCCUCCUCCCUCCCGACAUUGUCCAGGCACUCAGCACCUUCUUGGACUUCUGCUACCUUGUCCGGCGACGCGAUUUCGACGAAGCCACAUUACAAGAGAUCAAUGCGACCGUUUACAAGUACCAUGGCCAGCGCGAAGUUUUCCGCACAGCAGGUGUCCGUCCAGAUGGGUUUUCCCUUCCACGGCAGCACUCAAUGGCUAACUAUGCCUCCGAAAUCAAGCAGUUCGGUGUGCCUUAUGGCGUCUGCUCCUCAAUCACCGAGUCCCGCCACAUAACUGCUGUCGAUGAAGCUCUAGGACAGAUGCUGUUGACAAACCAGCGUUUGGACAAGCUUACGGCUUCGAGGGCCGACUUUGAAGAACGGGGUAUGCUGCCGCCGCAAUACAAGGCUCUCCCAGAUAAGACUUCGGAGCAGGAUGAUGAUGCUGAUGAAGAACCGGUGGAUAUACCGCGCGUGGAUGGUACGGUUGAGCUGGCACGUACUGCAGGUCUGAUACCGAUUCCCUUACAUCUACGCUAUUCUUACAAACUCUUAGCACGAGCAUACCCUCGCAAUAUCUACAGCCUCGGCGACCAUAUCGGUCUUCCGCACUUCCAUGACCUUGUCGAGGCCUAUCUGGCAGACCAACCUAGCCACAACUCCGAUGCCGACUCCAAUUCUGACAACGACAUGAACGAGGAGAUCUCCACCAUCCGCUUUUCUGUUUUUCACUCUGCCAUUGCCACCUUCUUUGCCCCAAGCGACCAAUCCGGUAUCCGUGGGAUGAAACGGGAGCGAAUUCGUUGUACGCCCUCGUGGGGCAAACACAAGCGCGUUCGCCGUGACUGUGCCUAUGUCGUUGACUCCGAAAAAGACGAUGCAGCAGGCUUUGCAGGGCUGAGUGCUGUUCGGGUCUGCCUCUUCUUCUCGUUCACUCUCAAUGGCGUUUAUCACCCAUGUGCGCUGGUUGAAUGGUUUGAGACUGUUGGGCGGCGGCCAGACCCUGAGACUGGGAUGUGGGUGGUCAAGCGACAGAUGGAAGGCCGCACGCGACUCACAACCGUUGUACAUCUCAACACGAUGCUACGCAGCGCACACCUCAUUCCUGUCUUCGGCACGCGUGCCAUUCCAACGGACUUGCGAUAUUACCAUUCAUUAGACGCAUUCGAUGCUUUCCACGUCAAUAAGUACAUAGACCAUCACGCAAAUGAAAUUGCAUUUUGA